AAUCUUAAGAAUCAAAUAAUGACAACAAAUUUAUGGGUCGAACAAUAUUGGAAUGAUUACAAACUAACGUGGGAUCCACGAGAAUAUGGAGGCGUCGAUACACUACACGUGCCCUCCGAUCAUAUUUGGAGACCAGAUAUAGUGCUCUAUAAUAACGCCGACGGAAAUUUUGAGGUGACUUUAGCCACUAAAGCGGUGUUAGACUCCAAGGGUCGCAUCCAAUGGAAACCUCCGGCCAUUUACAAGAGUUCGUGUGAAAUUGAUGUCGAAUUCUUCCCAUUUGACGAACAGACGUGUAUUAUGAAGUUUGGAUCAUGGACUUACGACGGCUUUAAGGUUGACUUAAGACAUAAAGAUGAAGUGAUUGGUUCCCGCGCUGUUCAAUACGGCAUUGAUUUAUCAGAAUUUUAUUUAAGUGUUGAAUGGGAUGUAUUGGAAGUGCCAGCCAUGAAACAUAAAAAAUAUUAUACGUGUUGUGAAGAGCCAUAUAUUGACAUAACAUUCAAUAUAAGUAAAUGUCUUUCAAGUAUGCGAAGAAAGACGUUGUUUUAUACCGUGAAUCUCAUCAUCCCAUGUAUGGGAAUAUCAUUUCUAACAGUUUUAGUCUUCUAUUUGCCUUCAGAUUCCGGAGAAAAGGUGGCGCUCUCCGUAUCCAUUCUGCUAUCAUUGACUGUGUUUUUCUUACUUCUGGCAGAAAUUAUUCCGCCAACGAGUCUUGUGGUGCCAUUACUGGGCAAAUACCUAUUAUUCACAAUGAUCCUGGUCACUCUCUCCAUUUGUGUCACUGUUGUUGUGCUUAAUGUUCACUUUCGCUCCUCAGCCACACAUAAAAUGGCCCCAUGGGUUAAGAGAGUGUUCAUUCAUCUUCUGCCACGACUUCUGUUGAUGAGAAGACCUCCUUAUACUCCGGGAAGUGGUAUCAGUCCUGAUAGUGACGGCGCCGUCGAUACGAUUCAUAGUAAUUGCGAUUCUUAUCAAAGCAAACAUAAUCGGACGGUUGUCCGCACCUGUAAUCGCACACAACUAUCUGAUUAUAACAGUCAAACUGAUUGUGGAACUGGUAUAACACAACUUUGCUUAUUCCCUAACCAG